AUGAGCUACUACGGCAGCUACUACGGAGGCCUGGGCUACGGCUCUGGAGGCUUCGGAGGCCUGGGCUGUGGCUAUGGCUGCGGAUGCAGUGGAUUCGGCAGGCUGGGCUGGGGCUCUGGCUAUGGAGGCUACGGCUAUCGGUCUGGAUUUGGGGGCUACGGCUAUGGCUGCUGCCGUCCUUCAUGCUAUGGGGGUUACUGGUCUUCUGGCUUCUACUGA